AGUCUGUUUCAUGACGCUGACUUUGUUGUCUUAACCCAGUUACUGUACUGCUCUGUGUCGCCAGCGAAGGCUAACAAAUAUAUGUUGCAGUGAUGUAGCACGCAGAAGAGGGACUUUACCCCGCGGUGACCGGCUAUCGUCAGCUAAUGUUACAGUCCUCGUCGGGCUUGAGGACCGUUUGUGAAACUACUGCGGCCCCGUUCAGCAACCUGCUAGCUAGCUAGCCACACGCUGGCGUGAGUUCGCGAUGUGCUGCUGUUUGUUUCUCUCUCUCUCUCUCGUCUCGGCUAGCUAAGUAACCCAGCUGGAUAACCCAGGCGGAUAACAUUUUUUUCUGUGUGGGUGUGUGGUGUGGAGCAGAAAAAUACACCGCCACCCCUGUGUUUAAUGCUGUUGCUGCUGUCAAGAGUCGAGCUAAGAUGUGGCAAAGUGUCGGGCUCACGCUGCUGGUCAUUGUGGCCACACUUAUCUGUGCGCUGCUCUUCAUGCUGUUUGGUUGGUAUGUAGUCUGGCAGCUCUUCCUGUCGAAGUUCAAGUUCCUGCGUGAACUUGUCGGGGACGCUGGCACUCCGCAGGCUGAAACUCAACCGUCCGAAGCCAAGAAUGAACGUACAGCUAGCGCCCCAGCUCGAAAUCGGCCCAGGACUGCACGCCAAAGACUUGCCUCUCCAGAAGGCACUUCAUAGAUCAUCCACUCAGCCACUGUGCUUCUUCACAUGAAACCUGUCACACCAUGACUGCUCGUCAGCCCUCUACAAGCGUCAAGUGUUAUCAUCACAGACACUUCCCACUGUGGACACUCAGUAGUCAGCCCUCCCUCUCACCAGGACACUUUAAACUGACCAGGCAGAUCUCCUGGUUUCAAAGGGAAAAGCCAUUAACGUACAUUGCUGUCCAUUUCUUUAUGUCUUCUGUUCAUAUGUUUAAUUAUGUACAGACAUAUGUACUGUGCAGUAAGUCUGGGGCUCCACUCACGGUCCUCCAGUUAUCCUGCAAUAGUGAAGGCCAGCUUCCAUGAGCGGCCGAGCUGCUUCCUGCCACCUCCGUGGAGUAUAAAGAUGCUCCGACACACUAAGAGACGCGUUAAUUCUCUUAUGUACAUGUUGUAAUCGUGUAUUUUUAGCAGAAAUCGGCAGAUAACUGUUAACAGUGAGCACGUCUGCGUCUUUUCACCAAGAACAACUGAAGACAAAGUCACAACUGAAACGAUUUGUACAACUGACAACUUUAUUUUCUUUCAAACCUAACAAAGUGCAAUGAAAGGAAUGUUCAUGCUGUCAUUUUGUUGUUUCUUGCACAGUGUAUUACUCUACGUAUUAUGGACUACAGUGUGUGAGGUGGAAAGUGUUUCGCCUAGUAGAUAACGCCCAAAGCCUCCAAUGAAGAUGACAGAUGACAGGGCUUCAUUCCAGCUGUGUAAAAUGUGACCUUUUUUCUUGCAACUUCUCCUUCACCCUUUUUUAUAGAUUUAUACUUGAAGAGUCAGGGGACAGUUUCAAGGAAAUGACCGUCGUUGGUGUUCAGAAGCAGCUGCACACACAGUCAGCGACUAACCGAGGCUCCCCGUUCCCUGUGCCUCUGUCUGUACCAGUGCCUGUCUAGAUGGCAUCCACUGUUUGUUACCCGGCCUCCUUUUGUAUAGCCAACAGUAGCUUCAUGUCCAUUACAGGGCAAAUCAAAGCUGACCAGGGCCUAGUCAAUAUUUAUGUAAAACAGUUUCCCUCCAGGUACAAUUCAUCUAACUCUUGCACCUUUUUAUCAGCAAUGAUUUUUUUUUUCCCCUCGGAGGAGCAGUAGCUUCAAAUAAAUAAUGCCAUGAAAACAC